AUGUGCAAAUCCCCCCUCCACGACUUCAUCAAAGGCUUGCCAAAAUGCGAGCACCACGUCCACCUGGAGGGAUGCCUAACUCCAGAACUAAUCUUCGAACUGGCGGCGCGAAACGGCAUACCCCUCCCAACAGACCCAGUCUACACCUCAAUCUCUACCCUAAGCAAACGCUAUGAACACUUUACCUCACUGGACGACUUCCUACACUUCUACUUCGAAGGCAUGGCGGUCCUCCGCAACGAACAAGACUUCGCGGAUCUAGCCUGGUCCUACUUCCAAAAGGCGCAUUCGGAUGGCGUCCACCACGCCGAAGUCUUCUUCGACCCCCAAGUCCACGAAGACCGCGGCAUCCCCUACGAAACCAUCGUAGGCGGAUUCUCCAAGGGCUGCCAGCGCGCCGAGAAAGAACUCGGCCUGUCUACUCGCCUGAUUCUCUGUUUCGUGCGCCAUCUCCCCGUCGACUCGGCCAAGGGUGUUUACGAUGAAUUGGUCGCUAGUAAACACUUCGAAGCUGGGGUUGUUCACGGUCUUGGAUGGUCUUCUUCGGAGGUUGGGCCUCCGAAGGAUAUGUUCCGUGAUAUCUAUGCCGAAGCGAAGGUAAAGGGUAUCCCGCUUACGGCGCAUGCCGGUGAAGAGGGUGACCCCACGUAUAUCAGUACGGCGCUUGAGCUUGGUGCCACGCGGAUUGAUCAUGGGAUUCGGCUUGUUGAGGACGAGGAGUUGAUGAAGCGGGUUGCGCGCCAGGGCACUUUGCUUACUGUUUGUCCUUUGUCGAAUGUGCGGCUGCAGUGUGUGAAGUCUGUUAAGGAGGUUCCUAUUCGGAAGUUCUUGGAAGCUGGGGUGAAGUUUUCGAUUAAUAGUGAUGAUCCGGCUUACUUUGGAGGAUAUAUUUUGGAUAAUUAUUGUGCUGUGCAGGAGGCGUUUGGGUUGAAUGUUUUGGAGUGGAGGAUUAUUGCCGAGAAUAGUGUUCAGGAGAGCUGGAUUCCUGAUGAGAGGAAGGCGGCUUUGUUGGAGAGGAUUGAGGCGCAUGUUAAGGAGCAUAUGCAUACCCUUGCUGCUUAA